UAUCUUAGCGGAUUAUUAGAAAAAAAUAUGAUUAAAAGAAAAAGAAAAAAAGGCAAUUAAAACAAGAAACGUCUCGACAAUAAGAGUCGUCUCUUAAGGAUACAUGUUGAGACAUGGCUUUUCCUUCUUCCUCUUUUGAUUUUCCUCUUGGAUCAAUCUUCGGGAUGAAUCGGUGAGUUCGGUUACGGAAGUUUCUUGCUGUGACUGAUGGAUCCUUGUUUGAUGAUGUUGCUGGUGAUGUUUCUGGAUUGGCUAUUAAAUGUCUCGCUCCAUUGGUGAAGAAGGUUGGAGAAGAGCGUAUUGCUGCUGAAGGGAAGGUUUUAAUCUCAUAAAGUUCGAGUCUUUUUACUGCUAAAAUGUAGCUUUGAAGUGAGUUUAUUGCAGACCCAAUAUGCAUUUUGAUCGUAUUGUGUCUUGUUUCAUAGUUAUUCAAGUUGGGGACAGUCCACUUCAUAUGUGUAUCUAAUGAUAACUCAGAGGAGGAGAGAUCAUUCUCUAAAGGAGUUAAUAUAAAGUUUGGAAGUGAGAAGGAUAGCAAGGAGUUUUGUGAUUCAUUUGAGGAGUGGAGAAAGGAUGCUCUUGUUCCAGGAUCAUCCACAGUUUCAGCUAGUAAUAGCAAGUUUGACGAUAAGAUUGAGGCGUCCUCGGCAAAAAUGUAUUUCCAUUACUAUGGACAACUUCUACAUCAGCAAAUAAAGCUUUGUUUUGGCAACAACAAACUGUUAUGGUGUUGAUUUGACACCUCUGUUUGGUUCAGCACACCAAGGUUAUUUUUCUCAGCCUGUGGUUGAUGCAUUUGAUCCGAGGUUAUUGGUAGCUCCCCCCCCAUGUUUCAUACGAUUGAUUUCACUCAGAUGAAGGAAGAAGAUUUUUAUGAGAUGGAUAUCCCAUUGAAGUUUACUGCUUCUAUGUGCACCCGAGUGCACGGACUUGCCUGCUGGUUCCACGUUCUCUUCGACGAAAGCACGGUACAAAGAUGGCUCACAACUGCUCCUGGUGCGCCUACAACGCAUUGGUACCAGCCCACAAAAUCAGCUCGCACACAUGUCAUCCAUGGUUCUCCACAGCUACAUUCUCUCCAUGGUCUUCUCGGUGUUGCAGGUACUACAUUUCAUCUUCCAAAUGUGUCUUUAGAUGGAACCCAAUGAAUCUCCCUAUAUUAGCAACAAUCUCCCUAUCUUAGCUUCUUCACCCAAUCGAUUUGGAAUGUAGAGAAAGAUAUUUGUAUCUGUUUAAAUUUUAAUUUUAAUAAAAAAAAGUUGAAUAAUUUUUUUUAAUAACCUUUAAAUAAGACACUUGCAUUGGACCACCCAAAUAUACUCAUCUCUUAACUAAGUCUCUUAAACUCACUUUUCCAACUAAAAAUUAUUAAAAAAAUUAAGAACCCCUAAGUAAGUAUUUGGGAUAAUGAUGUUUUAAUAGUAAAAUAGAGAAUGGUAGCUGACACAUAGGAUUACUAUUAAGAGUAAAAAGUUAUGUUCAAUAGUAGCAGACUAGCAGUUUACGUUAAAACUUGGACAGUUAAGUUUCAUUAUGUCCACAGACUUGGAUAAGAUGCAACAAAGUUUCCGAACACAGAUCCAAUAUCUUACAACACAUUAAGGCCAUGAUUAACGGUGUUUGUUAUGUGAGUAUCUUAGUUUAAUUAGGAUUAAAAAUAAAAGAAAAAGGAAUUACCUCAAGGAACCUCUCUUAGUUAAGCUACACAAGAGACGGCUCUGGUUACAAGCUUCACCUUAAUAGUCCUUUGGGAUUUCUUUCAAGAUCACAUUCUAAACCAAAAUCAUUGCAAGCUUUUGGAUUCGAGCUUCUUCCUCCACAAUGACUCUCUCCCUCUGAAUCGCUCCAUCACCGGUAUCUUUCCGUUACCCUCCGGCUUCGGCUUUCGGCGACAGCCUCCGGCGUAGGUGUAGGAGAUGGAUUACAUCCCUCCACAAGGCCCAUCGCACAUCCCUCCACAAGGCCCAUCGAAUAACAGGCCCUAGCCCGGCAAGCUUGACCAGUUUAGUCGGCUUAAGCGGGUAAAGGUGUCGGCUCGACCCAGAGUACUUUUAGCCGAUCAGCUAAGCCGACUAAAUACGCUCGGCUUAUAAAGAACAGCACCAAGUCCCGCAUACUCGGCCUUUAACGACAGGGCCCAAAGGACGACACGAUUAGGGCAUCACGGACGGUUACACUAUAAGAGGGGGAUGAGGAGACAACGAAAGAUUAUUUUUGGACAACACAUACAGAAGCGGUUAGAUCUAGGGUUUCCUAAUCAUCUCUUUGAUCCUGUUGCUUAAACCUUUGAUCUUGUCUUUAUUUCCCGUCAAUCUUGUAACCUCUUGUUUGAUUCUAAUAAAAGCGUCUUUAGUCACCCCAUUCCUACGUUCAUUAUUCUAAUCAACCGAAUCCUGCAUAAACAAUUGGCGCCCACCGUGGGGCCGACUAAAGUAACGUUCUAGAUCUACAUGGUUCAAAACGACGCCACCCUCGGCGCUCCAGGCGGCGAACCAACCCCAACGCCCGAAGCCGCACCGCCCAUCACCACAGAUUUCAUGAGCUCUAUCAUGGCUCGACUUGCUCAUCAAGACGAAGUCCAAAAGACGAGCAACGACCAGUUAGCUGCUCUGGUCGCAGCCCUCACAGCUCCCGACGGCCAAACAAGUCGUCCCCAGCAGAUACGCCGUCGCCUCUUUAACACCAACCCGACGGCGACCGGAGGCAAACAUCUCUCAGACGACUCCGAGCCUAACGAAACCCUUCUCGCCGACCACCCCCGGUAGGUUCUGAUCUGGCAACCAUACGCGAGCUCGCCGAGCUCAAACUCAGUUUCCAACAAAUGAGCGAGAAGAUCCAUCAAGUAACCAGCGCGGCCCCGCAAAUCGAGAGCGUCCUCGCCGCAACCUCACGCACUCCGUUUACUAGUGCUCUGACCAGCGUCCAACUCAGAAAAAUAGAAAAACUGGGCCUGCCCGAGUACAAACCCGGCGGAGACCCGGUGGAACACAUGACAGCUUUCAACAUUGCCAUGGCGCGGGCUCGACUCCCAGAAUAAGAAAAGGACGCAGGCUACUGCCAACUGUUCGUCGAAACUCUCCACGAGCAAGCCCUAACCUGGUUUUCUCAGUUAGAAGAAAACUCCAUCGGAAGUUUCCGCGACUUGUCGGCAGCUUUUCUCAAGACUUACAUUAUGUUCACCAAGCGCAGCGCUACUGCCUCUAGCUUGUGGAACCUCAACCAAACCAAAGACCAGAGUCUUCGCGACUACAUGGAGAAGUUCAAAACCGUAGUCUCAAGGAUUGACAUUCCAGACGGUAUCGCCAUUGACGCCUUGCGGAACACGUUGUGGGUUCGUUCUAAAUUCCGGGAGGAUUUAUACCAAAACCCAACUACGUCGCUCCAGGACGCUAUCGCGCGAUCUGACAACUUCAUCCGAAUGGAAGAAGAUACUAACGCCAUUCUCAGCAAGAUGAACGCACCCAAAGCGCCAGCGGCUAAAAACGCCAACACGCGACAAGAACCGCGCCAGCAUGCUCCAACCGACAAAAACGGCCGCAAAGACGGAUACAUGUAUGUCGUCAACGAGAACAACGUGCCGGUUUCAACUCUCGUAGUCCGCGGCGAGGGAUGGAACAAGUGGGUAAGGGAGCUCGAUUCGCCCGACAAAACAGUCGAUACUGUUUGCACCACCCAACCAACAGCCGGAGCCGGGUCAGCAGCGGGGUCUUCCAGGACCGUCGAUCUCACCAAGCAUUGCAAAUAUCACGACGUCAAGGGACAUGAUACCACAGAAUGCAAAUCACUCUACGCUCAUUAUCUCUCGUCACUUGCGAGCGGUGAAUUUAAGUUCGAACCCUUGAAAGCUAAACCAAAGAAUGGCAAGAGCUGGAGCAAGAACAAGGAAAGAAGAGCCCAGCGCAAAGCCACCGGCAAAGGUCGGCAAAACGACGCUCAACGACAAGACGACGAGGAGGAAACCCCGAAGGAUAACGGUGGGGGAGACUCCUCCGCCGACGAAGAGCAUCCUGCUAAUCGCAGACGCAUCGAGGUUAUACUCUCUCAGCAAUCUUUGUCGUCCGACGACGAUAACGACGAUGCGCCUGUACUCGGAGAUCUGAGAGACGUCCUGAAGCGGAAGUUCGAGUCCGAAAAUGAUAGCAGUCCCAAGCACAAAGAUCUACGGACGAUGCUGGACACACGGAAGUCUCGUCGUAUCUCGACAAGCGACGCUAACAACAACAAAGGGCCAAUUACAGACCUCCGAGAUAAACUCAACGCUGGCGCCUGCGACCUUCGCAUACAGCUCAACCGUUCAAAACCAACAGACUUACGACGACAGUUGGAGCAAGCUAAAGGUCAUUUUCAACCCCCAGCGCAUGACACCAACAUAUCCACAGACCUCCGCACCUUGCUAGACUCUAAGCGAGUACAAACGGGACAGUCGUUGAAUGUCAUCAUGGGAGGCUCCCCUCCUAACGGAGACACUGUCCGUUCUGUAAAAGACUAUCGUCGACAGGUCGCGACUUCCCAGAAGUGGCCGACUAAACCGACAAGUCAUCUUCCGAUAACCUUCUCACCGGACGACGCUGAAGGAGUUCACGCUCCCCAUAAUGAUCCUCUUCUCGUCGUCCUUGGAAUUGGAGAGUAUGAUGUCACCAAGAUCCUCAUUGACACCGGAAGUUCCGUCGACCUCAUCUUCCGAGGAACUCUACAGAAGAUGGGAGUUGAUCUUGACGACAUAAAAGCGUCUUCCAGGACAUUAACCGGAUUCAAUGGAUCCUCCGAAACUAUCUUGGGAACGAUCCGCCUCCCGGUACGCGCGUGUGGCGUUACUCGAACGGUUAAGUUUGCCGUUGUAAGCACAAAAGCUCCUUAUCACGCUAUACUCGGCACCCCUUGGCUACACUCGAUGCAAGCCGUUCCUUCCACCUACCACCAGUGCGUCAAGUUCCCUGGUACGGACGGAAGGAUAAAAACGCUGCGAGGGGAUCAAAAGGCCGCUAGGGAUCUCCUAGUCGCCACAGUCAAACUCCAACGGUCAUCUCUACCCGUUAAUUCUGUGUCUCCCCCAACCUCAAAAGUCCGUUCCCAGGAAAGCGAGAUUCUCGAGUUACCUAUUGACGACGCCGAUCAAAGUCGAACCGUAAGGGUUGGUGCAUACCUUUCUGAGGAAAUGCAGCAGUCAAUUCUGAACUUCCUCAGGAAGAACGUGUCUACAUUCGCUUGGUCUAUGGCAGACAUGAAAGGCAUUGAUCCGACUAUAACGACUCACGAGCUAAACGUCGACCCGACAUUCAAACCUAUCCGCCAGAAGCGACGUAAGCUCGGCCCUGACAGGUCGAAGGCCGUAAACGAAGAAGUUGACAAGCUACUCGGCGCAGGUUCGAUCGCUGAGGUCCGCUACCCCGAAUGGUUGGCAAAUCCGGUAGUCGUCAAAAAGAAAAAUGGCAAGUGGCGCGUCUGCGUCGACUUCACCGAUCUGAAUAAAGCCUGCCCAAAGGAUAGCUACCCUCUUCCCAACAUUGACCGUUUAGUCGAGUCUACGGCCGGAAACGAGAUGCUGACCUUCAUGGACGCCUUCUCUGGAUACAAUCAAAUAAUGAUGCACCCGGAUGAUCGCGAGAAGACAGCCUUCAUCACAGAUAAGGGAACCUACUGCUAUAAGGUCAUGCCGUUCGGUUUGAAGAACGCCGGAGCAACCUACCAACGACUUGUAAACAAGAUGUUCGCAGAUAAGCUGGGCAUCACUAUGGAAGUGUACAUCGACGACAUGUUGGUUAAGUCGCUCCAUUCCAUUGAUCACCUCCGUCAUCUUCAAGAAUGCUUCGAAACUCUCAACAAAUACGGCAUGAAGUUGAACCCAGCAAAGUGCACAUUCGGAGUCUCUUCAGGCGAAUUCCUCGGCUACAUAGUCACACAGCGAGGAAUCGAGGCAAACCCGAAGCAAAUAUCCGCGGUCCUGAACCUCCCAAGUCCGAGGAACAGUAGAGAAGUACAACGGCUCACGGGCCGGAUAGCUGCUCUAAAUCGUUUCAUCUCCAGAUCCACCGACAAGUGCCUCCCCUUCUACGAUCUCUUGCGAGGAAAUAAGAAGUUCAUUUGGGAUGAGAAGUGUGAGGAUGCAUUUACUCAACUCAAGCAAUACCUGACAACACCUCCAGUACUCGCUAAGCCGGACGUAGGUGAUGUUCUAUCUCUCUAUGUCGCGGUGUCACAAGCUGCUGUCAGCAGCGUUCUGAUAAAGGAAGACCGCGGCGAACAAAAGCCCAUUUUUUACACAAGCAGACGCAUGACCGGACCAGAGACGCGAUACCCGACUCUGGAAAAGAUGGCUUUAGCAGUUGUCGAGGCAGCAAGAAAGCUUCGACCGUAUUUCCAGUCACAUUCAGUGGAGGUACUGACUGAUCAACCUCUCCGAACGAUACUCCAAAACACCAACAGAUCUGGCAGACUCACGAAGUGGGCCAUCGAACUCGGCGAGCUCGAUAUUACCUACAAGAACCGCACAGCGGCGAAGUCCCAAGUCCUCGCGGACUUCCUGGUCGAGUUGGCCCCAGAAUUGGAACAAGAUCUUAUACUCCCAAGCUCAAACUGGACGCUGCACGUCGAUGGAUCAUCGACCAACAAGGGAGCAGGAGCCGGAGUCCAACUACAGUCCCCGACCGGAGAGCUAAUCAGGCAGUCUUUUAGCUUUGGCUUUCCCGCGUCAAACAACGAAGCAGAAUACGAAUCUCUGAUCGCCGGACUCCGCUUAGCAAAAGCCGUAAAAGCUAAACGACUAAGCGCCUAUUGCGACUCUCAAUUAGUCGCCAGUCAGUUCAGCGGCGACUACGAUGCCCGCAACGACCGAAUGGAUGCCUAUCUCAAAAUAGUGCAAAGCCUGACAGCAGAGUUCGAGUUCUUCGAACUCAUCAAAGUUCCCAGAGGCGAAAACGUCUGCGCCGACGCCCUCGCGGCCCUUGGCAGCAAGCUUCGUGAUCAAGUUAAACGAACCAUCCCGAUACAUCGUAUCGAGAAACCAAGCAUCGAUAUUCCUACCGACCAAACCCUCGUUGCCCCGGUCAUCGAACCCGCUACUCCAGAUGACGACGGAUUUGGUCCUGAUUGGAGAACUGAGUUUAUCGACUACCUCUCGAAGGGAGAACUCCCAAACGACAAAUGGGAAGCUCGCCGACUAAAAACACGCAGCGCCCAUUACGUCGUUCUUGACGAUGAACUACACCGCUGGACCGCGAGUAAAGUACUCCUAAAAUGCAUUCAUGGCGACGAGACAGCAAGGGUUAUGGCAGAGACGCACGAAGGCGCUGGCGGAAAUCAUUCGGGCGGACGUGCAUUAGCAAUCAAAGUAAGGAGCUUGGGCUUCUUCUGGCCAACAAUGAACGCAGAUUGCGAGUCUUACGCGAGAAGCUGCGACAAGUGCCAACGGCACGCACCUAGUAUCCAUUGUCCAACCGAAAUGUUGCGAACAACCACCGCUCCAUACCCGUUCAUGCGAUGGGCAAUGGACAUCAUUGGACCACUUCCCUGUUCCCGCCAAAGACGCUUCAUCCUCGUCCUCACCGACUACUUUACCAAAUGGAUCGAAGCUGAAGCAUACGCUCAAGUCACGGACAAAGAAGUCCGCGGUUUCGUCUGGAAAAAUAUUAUUUGCCGCCACGGUUUACCUUAUGAGAUCGUUACCGAUAACGGAUCGCAGUUCAUGUCAGGCAACUUCAAGGAGUUCUGUGGCAAAUGGAACAUUCGACUAAGCCCCUCCACUCCUCGUUACCCGCAAGGUAAUGGCCAGGCAGAAUCCUCCAAUAAACUCAUCAUCGAUGGCAUUAAAAAGCGCCUGGAUCUGAAAAAGGGUCACUGGGCCGACGAGCUCGAUGGGGUCCUAUGGAGCCAUCGCACAACGCCGCGAGGAUCGACUAAAUCGACACCUUUCUCCCUCGCCUACGGUGUAGAAGCCAUGGCUCCCGCUGAAGUCAACGUUUCAAGCCUCCGACGCUCCAAGAUGCCUCAAUACGUCGAACUCAACAAGGAAAUGCUACUCGACGCCCUUGAUGAGAUAGAAGAACGACGAGAUCAAGCUCUGCUGCGCAUCCAGAACUAUCAACACCAGAUCGAGAGUUACUACAACAAAAGGGUCCGUGCCCGACCUCUGGAACUCGGUGACCUCGUCAUGCGCAAGGUGUUUGAAAACACUAAGGAGCUAAACGCCGGUAAACUCGGCGCCAGGUGGGAGGGACCUUAUAAAAUCAUCAAAGUCGUCAAACCCGGAGUAUACCGACUUCAAACUUCACGUGGCGAAGAAGUUCCCCGAUCAUGGAACUCGAUGCACCUAAGACGUUUCUACUCGUAGGUGUAUCCCAAAAAAAAAAAAAAAAAAAACCCGAGUAGAUGCACCCCGUGGUCACUUCUACUCGACCGAGUAAAUGCGCCACUCACGGCCACUUUUACUCGGGAAAAACGAACUACGAAUGGCUUGAUCCUCAACCGAGGUACGUAGGCAGCCUUAAACAGGUCCAGCUGUAACAAAAUCAAAGUCAAAAUCUUGUUCUUUGUCUCAACUUCUACUGAGUGGAUGCCUGUUAUCAAACCCAACGGCUCCCGUGUCUCCAGCAGAAGAUACGCGGACACUAUCGUUCCAUUUCCUGGCUAUGUCCUGAUCAGACACUUAGCCUGAGGACCCAACAGUCGCUAGUCACCUAUGCCCAAGGAGCAUUGACCGACUAAACGGAGUGAAUCUUUAACCUUUCCUCGACUAAACGCGUAAUGGACUAGCUACCCAAUUACUCGAUUGUCAUUGAGGAAACGGACGAAAGAACCUUCCACUCUUAGAUCCAGUCCCUUGUUUUCGAUAUAGAACGAUGCGCCUAAACGUCGUCUCGAUCGAAACGCGACAAGAGCUGAAUAAAUCCCCUAGCGGUUCGUUUCCUUAUCUAUUUGCAAAAGCCAAAGGUCGGGAAUCUAUUGUUUCUAAGCGAACACAUCGCGAGACACUAAAGAUACUGACAUUUACUUUAACAAAGUUUGCAAGUACAGAUGAGAA